ACAGAAAUCCCUUCAACUGAAACAUGGCCAUAGCUUACUUCAUACCCGAUCAAACCAAGCUGCUAGCGGCCAGCAGCGCUCAUAGCAACCACAACAACGGGAGCAGCGGAGCCGUUGGGGGCGGUGGCGGCGGCGGCGGCGUCGGAAGCGUUGGUGGCAACACUAACACGAGCGCAUCACCGACGGCUCAACAACAUCCGCAAGCAGCGCACAAUGCAAGCAGUGGGCACAACACCAGUCAUCACCUUCAUAACAGCAGCAACAACAAUAAUAACUUUCGCGCCAACAUAACCAUACCGUUGAGUGCCUAUAGCGCCACAGCCGCCAAUUCGGACGCUGGUUGUUGGGAGCUGUUGACGCAAAUAUUCUGCCAUGCAUUGCGCUUUUGCCAUCAAUCCGAGCGCCAUCCGGCGGUAAUACAAAUAUCAUUAGAAAUAAGCAGCACCGGAUCGCUGGGAGCCACCACAGUGCAAGUGGGUGCGCAAGCGGCGCCUGUGCAACAGCAGCAGCAACAAGAGACGCAAGUGCAGCAGCAGCAACAGCCAUCUCAAGCUGCGUCAACGGCGGUGCCACAAAAUGCGUCCACACAAACGCUGCAACAAAAUGCGACUGCCGCAGGUGUGGAACGGCCGGCGGUUAGUGAAGAGACACCCGCGGCGGCGGCAGCGGUGUUUAGUAGAAAUCUGGAACCUGGCACGCACAAGCCGCCGGCGAAAGGAAAUUAAGGCGAGUGAGUGACUAUUCUGAAUAUUUUCGGCAUAGCCUUGCUAGUUACGUACAGCAACAACGCAUCGAAGCUCCUCCGCUGAGUUGAAAGGGAGGUAAAAAAAAUCUCUUGUAAAAGACCAUCAUUAAGCUCAAUCAAAGCGCAUUGUGAUUCCAUGGAAAGUGACGCAUACUUUACAUACUCAUAUACAUUUUAAGUUAUUUGCAGUAAUUUUUGGUAAGAAAAGUUAUGCUAUACAAAAAUUAUAAUUUCUAAAAAA